AUGGGUUUCAAACCAAGACCUGCACCACCUCCGCCCCCACCGGGUCCCAAUCUGGGCACUGCAGGAAAGAAGAUAACGCGAGGCUUUGUGGAAAAGAGGACAUCCACAGUUGCCAGUCCUGGAUUCUUGACCAGAAAGAGCAGUGUGACAACUCCGAACAAACCUGAUACCAUCAAGCAAAGCAAUCUAGAAGAAGAGCGACCCAAAAGCUUGAGGAGUGUGCGAUCCCGCAAUAGCUCCAUCCCGCCGAGUGGAGAAGAAGAACGACCUAAAAGCUUGAGGAGUCUGCGGCCGAGCAAGGGCACUAAUGCUACGCCAAGCCGGCACUCGAGCCUUACAACCUCUGGGUCUGCUGGUGCUGCUGCUUCCAAACCUAUCCGGCAAUCGAGCUUUACAGCUUCUGGGUCUGCUGGCGCUGCUGGUGCUUCCACACUUCGCCGGCAAUCGAGCGUUACAACUUCUGGUUCUGCUGCUGCUUCCACACCUCGUCGGCAAUCAAGCUUUACCGCUUCUGGGUCUGCUGCUGCUGCUGCUUCCACGCCUCGCAAUUCCACAAAGAAAACCGUGUUUCGUAACAAAGUCUUUCAGAAUGGAGUACUUCUAUACGAAUGGGAUCAGAAUCCCAAGUUUGUUUCCAUUUAUUAUCCCACUCCGAAUGCUGAUUUUACAGCGUUCUGCAACAUUUUCGAAGGACUCGUCCAGCUGGGAACCAAACCCAAAGGACUGCCUACCAAGUGGUUUUUGAGUCACGACACGGGUGGUCAAGUCGACGUGGAAGAAUCUUCCUGGAAACAGUGCAAACAACAUUGCAAGAUUAUUCUGGCCAAGGAAAACAAGGGCAGCACCUGGGCCCGCGCCCUCAAAGACGACCGAGUGGACGAUGUCCAAACCAUCCAAAAGGCUCGGUCAAUGUCACCAUCCAUCAUGAAACAAAAAGUAAGUCAACAACGUCGACGAUCCAAUGAUGAUGACAAUGAUGGAGAUAUGCAUGAUGAUUUGCCACCAGAAAGACGAAAGAGCAGUCAAUCACCAUCCAGCAUGAAACAGGAAGUACUGCAACGGAGAAGAUCCAAUGACGACGAUGUCAAUAAUGAUGCCGAUGAUUUGCCACCCGAAAGACAAAGAAGUUGUCGAUCUCUUCGUAGCAGAAGAUCCAAUGAUGACGAUGAUAAUCUAGAGGACGAUGACUUGGAAGCGAGACCAGCGCGCCGUCUCAGCAGGAGAUCCAAAGACUCGAAUAAACAGGAUGAUGAUGAAGACGUCGGAGGAGAGCGAAAGAGGAGGGAAGGCAGAAGGAGGCCUGGAAACAGCCGCCUCGUGAAUCGUCGCUCCAGCAGCCAUGAUGCUUUCGAUUUGAACGAACCAGGUGAAGAACAACCACAACCCAAACCAAGGAGAAACAAGUCUAGCAAUUGUGCCCCGCCUAGGAGAAAGUCUACCAAUGGUCCACCGCCUAGAAGAUCGAGAUCCAGCGCUUCCGCAACAGCAGCCAAGAAACCAAUGCCUGCUGUCAUUUUUGUCGAUCCCAACAAGGUAGUAGAAGAACCGAAAAAGAUGCAACGGCCAACAAGCAGGCGAGCAUCUAAUUUUGCCAAUGGUCGUUCCAGGAGUUGUGAUAGCAUUGACGAGGAACUUGUUCCACCAGAGAAUAUCGAAGUGGAUAUGAAUUCGGAUCUCGUGUCAGUUCUUGGAGCCUAA